AUGUAUGGAAAUUAUGAUGGCCUUAACCAAAGACCAAAAUUUGAUGUACAUCUUGGCCCUAACUUCUGGACCACUAUAAAUUUGCAAGAUCCAUUUGGUAAUACCGUUGGGAUUUGGGUUGAUGAUGGUACCAUAAAAGAGAUAAUCCACAUAACAACGUCAAACUCUUUGGAUUUUUGUCUGGUUAAGACAGGAACAGCGACGCCAUUCAUAUCAGCCUUGGAACUACGUCCCUUGAGAGAAGACAGCUACACUACUAAAGCCGGUUCACUGAAGCUUAUAUUCCGCCAGUAUAUAAGCGAUUCUGGAUCCGUAGUACGGUACCCUGAAGAUGUUCAUGAUCGUGUAUGGGAACCAGAACCUCCGUUUGAUUGGACGGAAGUAAAUACCACCACCCCUGUAACUUCUACGAAUGCCUUUGAAGUACCUCAACUGGUUAUUUCAAAGGCCAUUACAACCAAAGCUGCUGCAGGUAAGUCAGUGGACAUGGGCUGGUUGGUGCAAAACCCGGAUGAAGAAUUUCACGUGUACGUUCACUUUGCCGAGAUCCAAGCCCUAAAGCCCAAUGACACCAGAGAGUUUGACAUUUUGUUGAGCGGCAAAACUAUUUAUAAGGAAUACCGUCCUUUACCGUUCAUGGUUGAGACUGUACCUAUCACCCCAACUAAAUGCGAAUUUAUUUGCAACUUAGAACUCGUAAGAACUAAGGUGUCAAGUCUUCCACCAUUGCUUAAUGCCGUGGAGGUUUAUGGGGCACUCCCGCUUCCUCAGUCAGAUACACAUGAAAGCGACGUCAAUGCAAUCAAGAACAUCCAAGCGACUUAUAAAUUACAAAAGAUCAGCUGGCAAGGAGAUCCAUGUGUACCUGUACAUUAUAUGUGGGCUGGUCUAAACUGCAGCAACACGAUUCCGUCUACUCCACCAAGAAUAAUUUAUUUGUAA